GAAAGUUCAACUUCAACGACUCUUCUCUCACUGCGUAAAGAAAGAGGAGGUUUUGUGAUUUGCUCCGAUGAAUACUCCGGCCACAGCUAACGAAUCGAAUAUCGUCUCCAUCAACGUAGGAGGCCGAAUCUUCCAGACGACGAAACAAACCCUAACCCUAGCCGGAACCGAUUCCCCCCUCUCCAAACUCGCCACCGAGUCAUCCACUCGCUUCCUCGAUCGAGAUCCCGCUCUCUUCUCCGUCCUCCUCUACAUCCUCCGCACGGGAAACCUCCCCGCGCGAUCAACCUCCGACGUCCGAGACCUCAUCGAAGAGUCAAGACACUACGGAAUCGAGCCUUUCCUCAUCGACUCCCUCUCGAACCCCUCCCAGUUCGAGGCCUUCGAUCUCCGCAAAUCCCGCGUCCUCCGGUUAAACGGCCGAGACUCUCCCUCCACGAUCGCGCCGACGGGAGGAGGAGGUCUCCACGUGGCGCACGGGAGCAAGAUCACCUCGUUCGACUGGUCGUUACGGCGGAAAUCGACGGUUCUCACCAACUUCUCCGCCGUGGAUUCGCUUCUCGAGAUCUCCCCGGGAGUUUUAGCAGCCGGAGCCACCGACUUCCCAGGCCUGCAGAUCAUCGAUCUCGAGAGCGGCGGAUCGGUACAAACGGCUCUGAACUGGGAGAACGUGGCUAGCUCGACGGUUCAAGCUGUUGGUUCUUCCUCCGAGUUUCUGUUCGCCAGCUUCGAAUCCAGCAGGAGGAACUCGAAUUCGGUUAUGGUGUACGAUCUCUCCACCUUGUUGCCCGUCUUAGAGCUCGAUCGUGGAAGUGAUUCUUCGGCGAUCCCGUCGACUAAGUUGAGAUGGAUUGGGAGCUGUAACUUGCUGAUGGUCUCCGGCUCUCACGCUAGUCCUUCCGGCGUGAGUGGUCACGUGCGGUUUUGGGAUGUUAGGUCGAGGAAUAUGGUUUGUGAGAUUAAUGAGAGGGAAGAUUGUUUCGCUGACGUCACUGUUUCGGAGAAUCUCUCUGCGGUUUUUAAAGUUGGUGUGUCUUCAGGGGAGGUUUUCUACACGGAUUUGAGGGGUUUAGGAGGUGGUAAGGAGGGGGAUCGGUGGGUUUGUCUUGGAGAAGAGAGGAAGAGGAGCUUGAAUGAGAGGAAAGGAGUUGGGUGUAAGAUAGAGAGUUAUGGGGAUCAUGUGUUUUGUAGUAAAGGUGAUGGGAUUGAGCUUUGGUCUGAAGUGAUUACGGGUUUGGUAGGGAAUGCGAGACGGGAUGUGUUGGAAGAGAGGGUUUUUAGGAAGAACUCGUUUGUGGCAGGCUCAGGAGAAAACAAGGUAACUGGAUUGGUGUUUGGAGGGAGCAGAAUGUUUGUGACAAGGAAGGAUCAACAGGCGGUCGAGGUUUGGCAGAGUUCGAGUCGUGGAGUAUCAAUGUAAUGUCCCCAGUAUCAAGCGGGGUAGGAGUAUGAAUUGAUAUGUGGUUGUUUGAUGGUGGUAUGAGAGUGUACGAUGGAUUAAGAAUAUGUUUAUAAAAAUUGAUCUGUUGGUGAAUGA